AUGGAGGCAAAAGAACUUUUUCCGGUGCUUGAACAGCUAGAUGAUGACAUUGAUGAUGUGGAAGAAAUGAUCCAGCCGCUACUUAACCGCUCCCUCGCUGAGACGUCCAAGAAUUUGCCUGUCUUGGACAAGGCGAAAUUCUACGUUAUGGUAACUUACGCGCUAGAAAAUGUGAUCUUCUCUUAUCUGAAUCUCCGUGGGGAAGACCCCAAAGCGCAUGCAGUGUGGAGAGAGCUCACCAGGUUGAGACAAUAUUUCGACAAGAUCAAAACAGCAGAGACAGGACCUGAACAGCGCACGAUGACCCUCGACAAAGAAGCUGCCAAUCGGUUUAUCAAGCACGGACUUGCCGGAAAUGACAGAAUUGACCUAGAGCGCAAAGAACGAGAGGCGAAGGAGAGAGCAGUUGCUCGACGGAAAGAAUUGGAAUUGCUCAUGAAUUCUGCGAAGUCGGAACAAUCCUCUAAAGACCAUUCGGGCGAUUCGAGAUCCGAUGCGAACUCUGGCCCUGACGAAGACGAAGAUGACGAUUCGGACAAUGAUGAAACAACAGUUAAAAAGUCAGCAUCGGAUCCCAAACUAGUAGACGAUCCUCAUUUCGAGAAAACCGAGAGAACUGGAAAGAAUAAGGGCAAGAAUAAGCGCUUCAAGCAAGGGAAGAAGCUUGACAAGGAAGGACUGCGCAAAGAAAACGCGGAGAGAAAACAGAAGAAGAAGAAAAACCGCAAGGAAAGGAAUGGGAAAUGA